GGAAUAUCUAUAGAAGUACUUCUAUUAGCUCUAUAAAUAUAGCAUAGGACGUACCAGUACUAAAAAGUGUUUUGACGCAUGUAUCGAACUGAAAACCUCGGCAGCAUUAUUCGAUCUUUUUUUAGUGUAAUAUAUCUGUAUGUGCUAAAACGAUAAUAUUAUAAUAAUACUUAACCAAUUCUUGACUCUUUGCCUUUCUUUCCACGCAGUUGCAAACAGUACUGUACUACAUCCGUUCUUGCCGCAAAGUGCAGUAAGUGCUGCGUGCAGCUUCUUCAAAAACUAUGUGCCCGGCUUAGAGUUCGGGAUUUCCAUCUUCUGUACUAAGAGCGUGGAAAGAAUCUCCAUAAUUCUCCACUUUAUUUCUAUGUCAUAUUGUGAUUCACCUUUCUAUAUUACUGAUAACUGAUCAUGGAGUGCUCAUAAAAAUAUCAUAAGGUAGACUCAGUUCAACUCGCGCGCCAUCAGGAAUCCAGAAAUUCUAUGCUAAGGCAAUGGAAGUUUUGGAGAAACAGUUUCCGUUAUCCAUCGCACUAAUACUCAUAUGCUGGAGCGUCAAGGGAAGUUGCAAACAAAGUACCAGUCCAGCAAACGAUGGUGUCACCGGAACUAUUUUCAAAGGCCGCGAAAGGUCUGUGGCCGAGAAGCGAUUACGGGAGCAGCUGCUAAUUCGCUAUGACAAACCAGUUAUGCCCAACGCCAACAACACGCAGAUUUUUAUGCUUAAAAUGGGAAUGAUUCUCACCGGCAUACAGGAAGUUGAUUGCAACAAACAGCGUGUAACGGUCAGUGCAUGGAUGAAGCUGGAGUGGUACGAUGGCCGGCUGACAUGGUUUCCUGAUCAACAUGCCAAUUUAUCCAGCCUGCCUUUCAGCGAUCAGGAUGUGUACAUACCGGAAGUGCAGCUUUUCAACCGAUAUAAAGCGCGCGAUACUUAUGUGUUUGCUCCGUCAUUGGUCAUCGGAUACUUUCACGGCGAAUUAAUUUGGCUACCGCCAUCCUCCCUGGAUGUGCCCUGCUCGAUGGAUAUGUCCAAAUGGCCAUUUGACAGCCACAUCUGUGUUUUUAUCUUUGGCCACGCAUCCCGUGACAGCUCCACAUUCCAAAUCUAUCCCGAUUCGAAAACGGUGGAUUUCGAGACGGGAACGGGAGUCAGCGCCACAAGCAGCCGGCGAGAAUGGUACAUCAGUGAUACUUCCGUGGAGCGCACGACAAGUUACAUCCUGGAUAACUACGACACUAUCCGCUUCUACUUGACCUUUACCCGCGUACCCUCCGUGUUUCUGCGCUCCUGCUUUAUGGCGCCACAUGUGCUGUUGAUCACCGCGCUGUUUUUACUUUGCACGGAUGACGCUAAUGUGCGGCAUCUCAUGGCAGUCUUGCAGUUGGUGACGGCCAUGGCGCUGGGAGCGACCAUGUGGAUGAUCAUACCGCCGGCUCGUUAUCUCCCCAAAAUUGCAUACCUGACCUCCGGGAUACCGGUUGUGAUUUUAACGAUUUUGAUAUUCACUUCGUUGCUGGAUCGAUUGGCCCAGAGUUACGCGUCCGUGCCGCGUUGUAUUGCUGUGCUUUCGCUUUGCCUACGACAAUUUCCCGGGAAACUCUUCAGGCGGGAACGUCCACGAGCCAGUGGGCAACUCUUGCUAACGGACGGUCCCACGCUCCACCAGCGUCCGGAAUGUAAAACGACAUGGACGGAUGUGGCAGCACAAUUGCGCGUUGUAGUUUUGUUAUUGUAUACCAUUUCCUGUGCAUUUCUUAUUGGUUUGACGUACAACUGAAUAAAUUAAAUAAGCAAACUGUAAUUUUGGCUCAGCCACUAUAAAGUUGAUGUAUUGUUUUUUUGCAGAUGCAUUGUUAACGCCUAGGUAUUGUUAAUUGUGAGCUCAACCCAGAAGUUGUUUUUACCAACAUCGUUUUUGUGCUCAUUUUGAGCCAUUAAUAUACCAACUGGAAAAAUCUG